GAAAUUCUUGUCACUUGACCGGAAGUGAAAGUGUUUUUCUGCCUGAACAUAAGCAGGGUUUUAUUUUCCUUAACCGGUGCAGACAUGCGAUAAAAUCACAAGAAUAUAAUUGUUCCGAUCUCUUCUGUAUGUUGUUUGGAUCAGUGUGUUUUGCUGUAUUCAAUUGAUCCAGCAUCAGCAUCAUCGUCAUCAUCAUGCCUCUGACUGCAUCUGUGAUCAACGGGGCCCAAAAGCUGGUCUUGUACGAAACAAGAGCUAGAUAUUUUCUGGUUGGGAGUAAUAAUGCUCAAACCAAACACCGUGUCCUGAAGAUCGACCGAACCGAACCACGAGAUCUGGUCAUUAUUGAUGACAAGCAUGUAUAUAGUCAGAAGGAGGUUCGGGAGCUUUUGGGAAGGUUGGAUUUAGGAAACCGCACAAAGAUCGGACAGAAGGGCUCUUCUGGACUUUCCAAAGCUGUGAUUGCUUUUGGCAUCGUAGGCUUCGUGCGUUUUCUGGAAGGCUACUACAUCGUUCUGAUCACCAAGCGACGCAAGAUGGCCGACAUCGGGGGUCACUCCAUCUAUAAAAUCGAAGACACCAACAUUAUUUAUAUCCCUAAUGACUCGGUCAGAGUCACGCAUCCUGAUGAAAGCAGAUAUUUGAGGAUGUUCCAAAAUGUGGAUCUGUCCAGCAACUUCUAUUUCAGUUACAGCUAUGACCUGAGCCACUCUCUGCAGUACAACAUGACGCUUCUUCAAACGCCCUAUGAUUGUGGAGAAAAUGAGGAGCUCCUCUCCACCAGCAGCAGCAGCACCACCACCAACAAACAGGACAGUUUUGACAUCUUCGAGGAUGAAGGCCUUCCUACGCAAGUGGUGCACGGCUUGAGGAACGAACCUUAUGCUAAAUACGUGUGGAACGGUCGUCUGCUGGAGAAAGUUAAGGACAUGGUGCAUCCUGACUGGCUCCUGUAUAUCAUCCAUGGAUUCUGCGGCCAGUCCAAAUUGUUGAUCUACGGCCGGCCGGUUUACGUCACUCUGAUUGCACGAAGGUCCAGCCGUUUUGCUGGGACUCGCUUCUUGAAGAGGGGAGCCAACUGUGAGGGUGACGUGGCGAACGAAGUGGAGACUGAGCAGAUCAUCCACGAUGCUUCAGUAAUGUCGUUCACAGCAGGCAGCUACUCCUCAUACGUGCAGGUCCGAGGCUCCGUGCCUCUCUACUGGUCUCAGGACAUCUCCACCAUGAUGCCCAAACCCCCCAUAAGAUUGGACCAGGCCGACCCGUACGCCCAUGUCGCGGCGCUUCACUUUGACCAGAUGCUGCAGCGCUUCGGUUCUCCGAUCAUCAUCCUCAACCUCGUCAAGAAGCGAGAGAAGAGGAAACAUGAAAAAAUCCUGAGUGAGGAGCUCUUCCCAGCCAUCAUCAACCUCAAUCAGUUUCUUCCCCCGGAGCACUGCAUCGAUUACAUUGCCUGGGACAUGGCUCGCUAUACCAAGAGUAAACUGUGUAACGUCCUGGACCGCUUGAGUAUGAUCGCUGAGAACGUAGUAAAAAGGACCGGCUUCUUCGUCAACCGAUCCGAUUUCCACUGUCACAUGUUACGGCCUGACGACAGAUGGGGCGAUUUGGGAGGACUGGUUACUGCUCAUGGUAGAAUCCAGACUGGAGUUUUGAGGACUAAUUGUGUGGACUGCUUGGAUCGCACCAACACCGCCCAGUUCAUGGUGGGAAAAUGCGCUCUGGCCUAUCAGCUUUAUGCCCUCGGGAUGAUUGACAAGCCCAAGUUACAGUUUGACACGGACUGCGUCAGGUUGUUUGAGGAGCUGUAUGAAGAUCACGGGGACACGCUGUCGCUGCAGUACGGAGGUUCGCAGCUAGUCCACAGAGUCAAGACCUACCGCAAGAUUGCGCCAUGGACCCAGCAUUCCAAAGACAUCAUGCAGACCCUGUCUCGUUACUACAGCAACGCUUUCUCAGAUGCCGACAGACAGGACGCCAUCAACCUUUUUCUGCAGGUGUACCAGCCUUCAGAGUCCAAACCGCACCUGUGGGAACUGCCUACCGACUUUUACCUCCACCAGAGCAACACAAUGGCUUUGCCACAAGAAAGACGCAGUUAUACUUUCUGGUGGGCAGAUGGUUUGCUGUCGUACCUUCCAGUACCUUAUGAUGAAGUCCCCUGUGAGAAGAACAAGAAGAAGGUGGUGGUAAAGCGAGUUAAUCAGUACGACGAGAGCACAGACAUGUACACGGAGUUCUUCAAACCUUAUGAACUUACCGCUUUCGACGAUACUUUCUGUAUUGCCAUGACCAACUCGGCAAGGGAGUUUAUGCCUAAGAGUGUUGGCCUGGACCCGAGCCCCUUCACUGUGCGGAAACCAGAAGAGACCGGCAAAUCGGUGCUGGGUAACAAGUCCAGCAAGGAGGAGGCUGUGCUGCAGCGCAAGACAGCAGCGAGCGCUCCUCCUCCUCCGAGCGAAGAGCAGAUCUCCAGCAGCUCCGAGGAUGACUCCGAGGAAGAUCGCGAGGACGAGACCACCGCUUCGCAUCGCUACACGCCCAUCAAACUCGCCGAGUCCAGAGACAGCGUCCACGCUCAAGAGGAGCAUCCGCAGCAGCCUGCGAGAGAGCCAUAUGGAUUAAAUCUGUCUGCUUUGCCCAGGGACGAGGACCUCUGCAUAUAUCACAGAUUUUCCCACCUUGGCCAAAACCAACACAAAGUGGAAAGAGAUGAACAGCUGAUGGACACCAGAAACUUUCUGGAAAAUGUCAUUAAUCUGUCUCCAGUGUCCUCGUUCGGCGGAGACAGCAUUUACGAGGUGUCGGCUCCGCGGGUCGAUUUGGAGACCCAGAACAUUUUCCAUGCGCACGUCCACACGGGCCGCGGCCUGAUCAAAACAAUGUGUAGAGAAGACAUAAUCAUUUAUCGCGAGUAUGUAAAAAACAGAUACAUGUGACCCGUUUGUCACAUGUUUUAGCGCUCGUGAAGGCUUUUCAGUACGCCUGGAAGAAGACCUUCUAGUAAAUAAAUGCCGGAAGGUCUUUACAAAAACAUUUUUUCAGUUGACCUUCCUCCAUAAAAAUCGUCUCAGAUCUCACACAAAGGAUUAGAACUGAAGCUUCUCAGCUGAAACCUUUAAUUUUAUUUGCAGUUAUAAACGUUACAAUGACUGGAUAAUAGUGUAGGUUUAUUUCCAAUAUUGCACAUUCCAAUAUCCUCUGUAUAGCACUUGCUUUUAUGAGAGGACUGAUUUCACAGGUCACAUGUACAAGCUGGACUGCUAAUGUGCAUCUUAGUUUUUUUCUUUCUUUCUUUUUGAAAUUUAAAUGAUCAUUAUUUAUAUCGUUCCAUGAUUGCGUUUAAUGUGUAUGUAAAUGAGCUUGUUUGUGUAUUUAUUAAACUUUAUUUCUCCCCUCA